CAUCAUUACUGUCUGAUAUGUAGCGCAGCAGGUCUGUUUAGUUAUUACAGCUCAUCUUAUCCAAGGGGGUUUGACCUCAGGUACACACUCAGUCACAAUGUCAGUUUGUUCAAACCUCCCACCUGAAAUGUGAGCUGAAGAAGGAAGCUGCUCUAAAAAACGGCAGGAUCUUGUUGCAGGGACAGAAAGCAAAGCUGUGAAACAUUAGUGAGCAUAAAGUUUCAAAUCAAAGAUAUGAAGAAGAAACUCACCAUCAUUCUGGCGCUUUCUGUGUUAUUCACUCUGACGUGCUUCACCGUCUUUUUACUCCACAGCAAAGACACUUCUUUGGUUUUUCCUUCCUUGCCACAACAGGUGGUGAAAGGAAGCAGGAGCGUUUUUGGAAAGAUGAUGGAUCAUAUUUGGGUAACGAAAACCCCAGACGUCUCCCGGAAAACAGCAGCGACCUCGGCUCAACCGGCUCCGCCUCUGGAUCCGUGUCCCGACUCACCUCCGUCUCUGGUGGGUCCGGUUCUGGUUGAGUUUCAAACUAACCGCAGUCUGCAGUGGGUCCGGAACCAGCUGGGAUCGGUGCUGCAGCAGGGAGGCCGGUACAAACCCCCGGACUGCACCGCACGGCAGAAGGUGGCUGUCAUCAUCCCGUUCAGAAACCGGUAUGAACACCUGACCCACUGGCUCCACUACGUCCAUCCGGUCCUGAUGCGUCAGCAGCUGGACUACGGUGUGUACGUCAUCAACCAGGACGGAGACGGAGCGUUCAACCGGGCCAAGCUGAUGAACAUCGGAUUUGUUGAAGCGCUGAUCGAAUACGAUUACGACUGUUUUGUCUUUUCUGACGUAGACCUGGUACCAAUAGAUGAUAGAAACCUCUACAGAUGUUCUGACCAUCCCAGACAUUUAUCUGUGGCUAUCGAUAAAUUUAACUACAUCUUAUCCUCAGUAACAGCCUUCGGUGGCGUCUCCCUGCUGACAGAGGAGCAGUUCCUUAAAGUCAACGGUUUCUCCAACACUUUCUGGGGCUGGAGUGGCGAAGACGACGACCUGUACAACAGAAUCAUCGUAAGAGGAAUGUCCAUAACUCGGCCGGACGCUGGGAUUGCAAAAUACAAAAUGAUCAAACAUGGAAGAGACUUGCACAAUGAGGUGAAUCCAGAAAACGCUGUCAAAACACAAAAAACCGCACAGAAUAUCGAGACUGAUGGACUAAACUCACUCAACUUUACAGUGAAGGAGAUUUUGAAGGACGUCUUGUUCACUUUAAUCUCUGUGGACGUUCAGGCUCCAUGACGACAAACGUCAGAAAUGAAUGUUAAAGUGGAACGGUUGUAGCUUGGCUUGGCUUUGAGACGUGUGUGUGUUUUCUCAAACACUGCAUGAACGUUGGAUUUAUGUAAAUAAAUUGUGUUUUAAUUUAACACAAGUUAAAUUUAUGAGCUUCGUUUAACUAAUAUCACAGGUAGUUUUAACUUACCUGGAUUUCACAACAAACAGGAUAUUAUUUGUUCUUGAUUCUUCAUCAUCUGCCAGCAUUUUUCCUUCUGUUUGUCCAACAAGUUAGUUUUAUUCUAACCUUCCCUUUUCUCUCUAUCUCUGUUCAAUAACAUGUUUGGAUCUUUGGAGUGUAGUUCUAUAUUUAUCAGAGUGGUUUCAGUAUUUAAUGAAGCUGCUAAGAACCAAAUGUUUACAAAGUAAAGUGAAGGAGUUAACUGAA